AUGGAGCAGGAAGAGAGUCUGGAGGAGUUCCUGGGCAGACUACGGACGCAAAUCCUGCGCUGCGGCUACGAGCCGGCGCAGGUGGACCGUGAGUUGAGAGACCGAUGCGUCCUGGGCAGCCGAGGUGAGCUACAGAGGAAGCUGGUCCGGGAGGCGGCGCUAAAGGGUGACGACCUCUCUCUGGAGGACGUCCGGCGGACGGCACGGGCGCACAGGGACGUGAUGGAUCUGACGACGCGGCUGUCAGGGGCGCCGGCGCCGGCCGAGACGGACGGGGAGGCAGUUCACCUGGUGCGACGCCCGCAGCGGACGGAGAGGCGUGACUGCGGCAAACAGCGAACUGGCGUGAAGCUGGUUCAGGACGGCGACCAGGCUGACUGGCAAGUCAGCGCCGUGCAGCCAGCCGCAGCUGAGUGGGCGACGGUCAGGGUGAACGGCCAGGAGUUCACCAUGCUGAUCGACACUGGCUCACCGGUGACUAUAAUCAGCGCGGAGACUCACAUCCCCGGUCUGACGCUGCGGCCGAGUGAGCUGCACCUCACGUCAUUCACCGGCCAGCAAAUCCGUCUGCGAGGCGAGGCCGACGUCAACGUGGAGACGGACGGCCGAGCGACACGGCUGCGACUCGUCGUGUCCGACAUGGGCUCUCACCGACCUCUCAUGGGACGAGAGUGGAUCAAGGCGCUGAGGACGGCGUCGGGUCUGGAGACGCUGAACGUGUGCCCGGUGGCGACUCAGCCGACGCUGAAGGAGGUGAUGGACAAACACCGUGAGGUGUUCAAAGAAGAACUGGGCAGAAUCCCGGUGAAGGUGGCGCUCAGACUGAAGGAAGGCGCCAAACCGGUCUAUCGACGCGCCAGACCGGUGCCGUUUGCGCUACAGCAAGAUAUCGAGCGGGAGCUCGACAAGUGGCUGGAUCAAGGGAUCGCCGAGAAGGUGCCUCCUGGACACUUCUCCGGAUGGGGUACGCCGCUCGUACCCAUCCCCAAGAAGGACGGCGUGCGGCUGUGCGCGGACUAUCGGAUCACGGUGAACCCGCAGCUGCAGCCUCUGAAGUAUCCGAUGCGCACGCCGGAGGAGCUAUUCGCCAGCAUACGAGGGAAAAAGUUCUGCAAGCUGGACUGCAGGAACGCCUAUCUCCAGUGUGAGCUGGACGAAGAGAGCCGAGACAUGACCACCGUGACCACACACCGUGGUGCGAUGCGGAUGAACCGUCUCCCGUACGGGAUCAGCACCUGUGGAGCGCAGUUCCAGGCGAUCAUGGACCAGGUGCUGGAUGGUCUUCCAGGAGUCGUCUGUUACCUGGACGACGUGCUGAUCGGCGCCGACAGUGACCGUGAGCUGAUGGACAGGCUGGACCGGGUGCUGGAGCGGCUGAAGGACAACGGCGUCCGCCUCAAGAAAGAGAAGUGCCAGUUCGGAGUCCGAGAAGUAGUGUAUCUCGGUUGGCGACUGUCUGAGGCGGGUCUGCGCCCGGUGCAAGAGAAGACGGCGGCCGUCACAGCAGCACCUGACCCUCGGAACGUGCAGGAGCUGCGAUCUCUGAUCGGGUCAGUCAGCUAUUAUCAGCGGCUGCUGCCCAACCUGUCUACCGUGCUAGCGCCGCUCUACGCGCUACUGAAGACGGGCGUCAAAUGGGCAUGGACGGCGGAGUGCGCCGCGGCAGUGCGCCGUGUGAAGGACAUGCUGUCCACGGCGCCGGUCCUGAUGCGGUACGACCCCGUGCUGCCGCUGCGGCUCGUCACGGACGCCAGUGCGACAGGAGUCGGAGCGGCUCUGAUGCAAGUGACGCCCGAGGGGCUCGAGAGGCCGGUACAGUACGCCUCCCGAACGCUCACUCCGACGGAGAGGAAGUACGCCCAAGUGGAGAGGGAAGCCGCAGCCGUCUCGUUCGGAGUGCGGCGGUUCCACCAGUUCCUGUUUGGUCGGCCGUUCACCCUGGUGGUCGACAACAGGACGCUCUCCAGGAUCCUAAACCCGGACCGUGAGCUGCCAUCUCUGGCGGCGGCUCGCAUGCAAAGGUAUGCGCUGCAGCUCGCGGCGUAUCAGUACAAGAUCGAGCUGCGCCGGACGGAGGACAUGAGGCUGGCGGACACGAUGUCCCGUCUGUCGGUGCCGGACGAGGCGGAGAACCGGCUGUCGGCAGAAGAGGAGGCGGCGUACGGCGGAGGCGGCGUAAUGUUCAUCGCCGAGCAGGGGCCGUGUCUGACCGCGCAGCAGAUAGCAGUGGCCACGCGCCGAGACCCGGCGCUCGCCCGCGCUCUGGCGGCGGUGCGAUCGGGCUGGCCGGCGGUGGUGGACCCGGACCUGGCUCCCUUCAAGAAUCGCCGAGAGGAGCUGACGACUGAGGCCGACUGUCUGCUCUGGGGCGGCCGAGUCGUCAUCCCGAGCAGCCUGCGCGACACCGUCAAGCGGGAGCUGCAUGAGGGUCACUUCGGCUGCACUCGCAUGAAGCAGCUGGCGAGGCGCUUUGUGUGGUGGCCGGGACUCGAUGCUGAGCUGGAGGCGCUGGCUCGCGGGUGUCAGGCGUGCGUCUCAAAGCGAGCUGAGCCGCCGCAGGCGACACGGCACCCGUGGGAGCCGACGGACGGCCCGUGGCAGCGGGUGCAUGCCGAUUUUGCCGGACCUCUGAAGGGCACCUGGUUCCUGGUGAUGGUGGAUAGUUUCUCCAAGUGGGCUGAAAUGAUCCCAAUGAAGACGACCACGUCCGAGCGGACCAGUGACGCCCCACGCCGCGACCGCACGGACUCCCGCUGA